AUGUCUAUUCUUUCUUGCCUCAUUUCUACCGUGCCUGUCGCUUUCUCCGAACGCAAUUCUUUCACGCCAAUUCCUAUCAAAUCUGUCAAACUGUCUCGUCGCGGUAAAGGGAGUAAGAGACGUGCGCAGGACGCCGCUCAAGAUUCCGCGCCUAAACACCCCCGAGUCGACAACACGGAAUUGUCGCAUAAUGGUCUAGAAACCAUGGGCUCCAACUCCAAUUCCAACCCCGCGCACCACAGCGCGCGUGAUAGACGUCCCGGGCGAAGGUCACAAGCUGGCUCUUCCCAAACGAAUUACCCGCAGAACGGCUUGGCCAAUAAUACGAUCUCAACGUCAAUACCAACACCGACACCACAAUAUGGUUAUGGUUCUGGAUAUAGUUCGUAUAUGGCGACCCCGCCUGACUAUGUUGCCGACUCAAAUCAAUAUCCGACAGGGAACACCAACGGUGGAGCGCAAAUGCCUUUUGGAUCAUUCGAUAUUCCGGGAUGGAACCCACAAGCUAUGAACUACGACCCAACGGCUACACCCCCGUCGAUGCCGAUGCCGAUGCCGAUGAUGGACCCGAGAUUGUUCGCUUCCAUUAUGGGAAACAUGCAGGGUCAAUUCCCCAUGAUGCCUUUUAAUAAUGCAGCCCCCUUUCAGGGAGUACAAGCACAGCCCAUGAGCACAAUGGCCAGACCACCCGGGCCAAUUAUCCAUGGCCAAAAACCAGGUCCCUCUACCUCAAGGCCCCGACAACGAGAAUCAACACCACCAGUCGAUAUACCAUCCGCGACUGCGGAGUACAUGAAGCAAUCGUCGCAAAAACCUACAAGGUGUCCCACGCCACGACCAUUACUCAUUAUCCUCGAUCUAAACGGAACAUUGGUCUACCGAAAACACAAAAAGCUACCCCCAUCUUUCGUUUCUCGGGCCGGUCUUGAGCACUUUCUAGAUGUAUUAACGAAGAAAUACGCCGUGAUGAUUUGGUCCAGUUCACAACCCGCUACCGUCGAAGCAAUUUGUGCGAGAAUAUUUUCAAAAGAAAAGAAGCGCAAUCUUGUCGCUUUAUGGGGUCGUGAUAGGUUCGGCCUCACACCUGUGCAAUACCACGCAAAACUACAGGUCUACAAACAACUCCAUAAAGUAUGGAGUAGCAUCGAAGUACAAAGUUCUUACCCAGGAAACGAAUCCUACAAACCACCCAAUCAAAAUCAAAAUCCGGCCAAUAUAAAGUCAAAACCAAAACAAACCACACGCGAACAAAAACAACAAGAGCAAAAGCAACGCGAGCAAGAAAUGGAACUGACAUCUUCCUUUCCCCCGGGCCAAAGAUGGGAUCAAUCGAACACGAUCUUAAUCGACGACAGCAAACUGAAAGCCCUCAGUGAACCAUUCAACAUCCUAGAAAUCCCCGAAUUCACCAAUAACGCAAACCUCGACGAGUCAAAACUUUUUUCCACAGUUCUUGCCAGACUUGAUACGCUCUCGCGCCAUGAUGACGUUAGCAGAGUCCUGCGCGGAUGGAACGAGAUGGCCGAUUUGCAAAAAUCGAGUGUUCUGGAUUUGGACAUUCCGCCAGAAGACGCAGAAGAAAAAGAAGAGCCCUGGGAAGCGGACGAUGAUGAGGAAGGCGGUAUCAGCCUUGGUGAAUUCAGUAUUAGUACCAUCCCUGGUGCUCCGCCUGUUUGUAAGAAUGGGCAGAAAAAGCAGAAGAAGGCCGAUGUCAAUGCCAAUGUCAACGGUGCGACGACUGUACCGAAAACCCAACCACCAACGGACCCCGAAGCAAUCAGACUCAGGAAAGAGGCUAAAAAGAUUCGCAAGAAGGAGAAGAAGGUUGCUAAAAGGGCUGCUGAAGAAUCUGCUCGUCAAGAAACCGCGGCGGCGGCGGCAACGGCUCCCGGUGAAAUAACAACGACCGGGGCGAAUCCCGCUCCAGGCACUACCACUGAGUAUAUUGGACAGCGCAAGCGGAAAGCAAUGAAAAAGGCUCGACUGGAACAAGAACAAGAUCCACUUGCACAAGAUCCGGCAACGAUUGACCCUUCUGCGCCACGGUAUAGUUUCCGUACACGAGGGGCGCAAGUUUCAGCAGAGGCACAGGCACAGACACAGACACAAGAUGGGGAUGGCACUUCUAUUCCUGUUCCUACGGCUACCACGACGCCUGCUUUUACUGGACCUUCGGAGGGCGGUGCUGAUACAUUUCCUGCCUAUACUCAUGGGGGUCGACCUGAAGAUCGGAAUCGGAAUCGAUCUCCUUCGUCAGCUUCUUCCGCUGCCUCGGGAAAUUCCCUCUUAGAUCGUCUUGAAGAUGGUCUUGGUUUUUCGAAAUGA